CACAGCCCCCUCCUAAUAUAAUAUUAAUACGGCAACACAAUAUUUUUUAUUAUUUACGUUACUGAAACCUUGAAAUGAAGUUAAGCGUAAAGUCACGACAGCGCUGCGAUAACCUUUGCUGGAUAGAAUUAUACAGUGUAGCACCCAAAAAACGUAUACAAUUGAUGGUCUCGGCUGCCUCACUGUACGAUCUGUUCAGUGUUCAUUGACAUCGCCGGCCGGUGCUGAUAGUUUCAACAUGAAGCAGCCUCUGUCCGUUAUCUUAACGCUCUUUGCACUCCAUCAGUAUGAGGCUGCCGACCCUUACGCAGGAGACUUCGCUCGAGUGCGACACAGCAAAACGUUCGUCGACAAGACCGACUUCAUCGGACUGUUCCUUAAUAUGUCUCAUUCUACAAUCCACAUAUCAGUGCCUCCUAAAUUCGGAAAGUCAGUGAACCUGGACAUGUUGAGACUUUACUUGGAUGCGCCGGUCAAAGUGGGCAACGAAACAACCGCCAACAACCAGUACACCGAUUCGCUCUUCCUCGGCACGAAAUUCCACGGAAACCCACACUUUGGGGAUCACUAUCUCAAGUAUAAAGUCGUCCACGUGGACUUCAGUCCCUUCAAGAUAGUCGAGGACGUAGAAACUUUCAAUCGCAGUCUUGCUGAGGUGGUCUGCCAAAUGCACGAGAAAUACCGCAGUCAUUUAAAUUUCUCCUACAUUGACGGCAAGAAGGCUCCCCCUCAAGCAUGUCUGGACUACCACAGGGAAAAAAAGCUCUCCAUCCUUGACGCAGGGCAACAGCUCAUCUCGGAUAUUUACUUCGCUUUCUCCAAACCAAUUAUCGUCCUCAUCGAUAACUUUGACGCAAUCCUCCACAACUACAUGAUCGGACCAGUGCGACACAAAGAAAGAAUCCACAAAUACUUCGGCCACUUCUUGCGGGGGCUAGUUCAGGACUCGCCAGAGGUUAAUAAAUCCUUAAUGGUGGGAUCUCUGACCCUGGGUGGUGUCUUGGCCACCUUGACCAACGAUACGAAACACCUGUUCCCCUUUGAGAACGGAACCGUCGCCCAGUAUUUCGGAUUCACCGGACAGGAUGUCGACAACCUCCUCGACACUUUCCAGAUCCGCGAAAAGAACGCUCAACUGCGAAGCUUGUACACGGGCUACAGGGUGCUUGACUCUCCGAAUCUAACCCUCUACAACCCUCUUUCCAUCACUGAUUUCCUCGAGCAAAGAUGGCAUACGAACAGUUCGAAUUUAUUCAAAGGUCUCGACGGUUGUGAUCGUAUCUUAGAGAAUGUCGUGAUCGGUCGAGAGGUCGAACGCGUGGCGUACACUGUGGGAAAGAAAAAGAAACACCUCCCUCAAAGAUACACCUUCAGCAACGGGAGACUGGCUUUCCAACACGUGGACCGCCUACACCGCGGCAUGCGCUCUAAGAUCAACACUUUCGCAAGCGUGGACGACAUCAACCUUUUCAUGCAGUACCUCUUCGAGCUUGGCUACUUUAGCAUCGUCCACGCUCGAGUUGUGACGUCAGAACUCGACAUGGUGACCAUUAUCGAGGACGUCGUCUUGACCCCCGCCACCUUGGAGGCUCGCAAAGUGUUAAGGAAGUACUUGACCGCCUCCAACUACUACCAAUUCGUGCUGGGUAAAACCUGGGACCAGCUGAAUGCGUUCGGGGAGUUCCUGCUGGACCUGCCCGGAAAAGAGGUCUUCCACGACCUGGCGGUGGCCACGCACAAGAUCUUCAACCGGACGUGGGACGAGGUGAGCUGGCCGGUCUCCAUGACGGGGGCCAUGGAGGCGAUAUUCGCGCACAACGCCACCCUGGCCAAGCAGUAUCCUGCCGUCCACUUUGAGCUGGUCGUUGAACGGGAAGCUGACGGUUUCGAUUGUUCCAACGAGUUGGACGUGUUCCUCGUCACGGGCAAGAGCGUCGGGAUCAUCAUCGAGAACCGGCAGGGAAUCGAGCACAAGUUGGCAUCGAACACAUUUUACGCGAUGCUGGACCGAGGGUGCGAGGACGUGUACGAUCAUAUGCGCCCGAGGAUCCUGGUCAAGACUAAGAUAGCCAUGCUUAUCAAUUUGACCCCGUCACGCCACUGCGAGAUCUUCUACCGCGUGAGCGACCAGAAGCAGGGCGACCCGCUGUGGGGGUUCGCCCAGCACCCGCUCGGGGAGAUCCUCGAAUUUGAGGAGACCAAGAAACCUGACGACCCCGGCAUGAAGUCCAAGUUCGACCUGGAGACCCAGAAGAUGCUCGAGGAGGCCAUGCGAAAGAGCCAAAAGUACAACGUUUCAUCUGGACUAGGGGUCUAGCUAUUAGUAGAACUUUUCAUCUCCCAGGGUUUCCCGAGAAUGUACUUUCUCGGUAAACUUUUGUGUGUAGGAAAACACAUAUAAAUGAUAUCACUCAUUCACUCACACUCAGAAGAGACACUGAGAACGUUUCCGCUCCCAGCACUUGGCUCUCCCGGGAAACUUUGAUUUUUAAUCUGGACAGUGAAGUCUAACUCUGACUGUUGUCACUGAACUUCACUCCCGAUUUAUUCGUGGGUUUUACAAUGACGUCAUUUUGUUGCAUGUUUUACACGGAAAGAAUCCUCAUUGGCUUCUUAAAAAUAUUUGUCUUGACGUCGAUGAAAUCACCCCAGUGACUGAAGUGAUUUCAUCAACGUCAGGACAAAUAUUUUUAAGAAGUCAAUGAAGAAGCUCUCCGUGUAAAACCUGCAACAAAAUGACGUCAUCGUAAAACCUACGAAUAAAUCUGGAGGGAAUAUAUACACGGGUAGGUAAGCAAGGCUAAAACAUCAAAAACAUUUAAAGGCAGGACGUUUUGAGCUGUUACAAGCUCAAUUUCAGCGGCAAAAAACACAAAUAAAUAAAUAAAAAAUUGAGUGGCGACCUGAACCCAGCCGUUAUCACGUAACCACUGAUGUUUUUAACACUCAAUUUUUUAUUUAUUCUUUUGUGUUUAUUGCAGCUGAAAAUUAGCUGGUAAUGGCUAAAAACAUCAUGCCUUUAAAUGAUUUUAAUGAUUUAGCCUGUUUACUCGUGUUUCAAUUUCCUCCCUGUUCAUUCGUAUGUUCGAGCUAUGUUUUUGUGAUUCAUCGUAAAACCCUUGAUAAAGUAAUAUAUUAUUGUCUCGUGCAUUUUGUUUUUCUA